AUGCCACCAAAUGUGAAUUCACCAUCAUUAAAUCAAGAAAACAACCUUACUGUUGGUAAAAACAUAACAGUAACAAGUAGAAAGAAAAUAAAUGUUACAAAUCCGGAAGAUCCACAGAACUUAUCCACACUCAGUACUCCUGAUCAAUCAAACGGUUUAGCAACUUUUACACAACCACUGCCGACAAAAGUCGCUACUGAAAGAUUAAAUGAUUCAAAUAACGUUACAUCAAAUAAUCAAUCCUUAAAUAAAAAUGUCUCUUCUCCACCGAACUCUGUUAAAAAUAAAAAAUCAAUGCCGCCAAAUGUGAAUUCACCAUCAUUAAAUCAAAUAAACAACCUUACUGUUGGUAAAAACAUAACAGUAACAAGUAGAAAGAAAAUGAAUGUUACAAAUCCGGAAGAUCCACAGAACUUAUCCACACUCAGUACUCCUGAUCAAUCAAACGAUUUAGCAACUUCUACACAACCACUGCCGACAAAAGUCGCUACUGAAAGAUUCAAUGAUUCAAAUAAUGUUACAUCAAAUAAUCCAUCCUUAAAUAAAAAUGUCUCUUCUCCACUGAACUCUGUUAAGAAUAAAAAAUCAAUGCCGCAAAAUGUGAAUUCACCAUCAUUGAAUCAAGAAAGCAACCUUACCGUUGGUAAAAACAUAACAGUAACAAGUGAAAAGAAACCAAAUGUUACAAAUCCAGAAGAUCCACAGAACUUAUCCACACUCAGUACUCCUGAUCAAUCAAACGAUUUAGCAACUUCUACAGAACCAUUGCCGAGUAAAUUCGCUACUGAAAGAUUAAAUGAUUCAAAUAACGUUACAUCGAAGAAUCAAUCCUUAAAUAAAAAUGUCUCUUCUCCACUGAAAUCUGUUAAGAUUAGAAAAUCAAUGCCAUCUAAUGUGAAUUCACCAUCAUUGAAUCGAAAAAACAACCUUACUGUUGGUAAGAACAUAACAGUAACAAGUGGAAAGAAAAUAAAUGUUACAAAUCCGGAAGAUUUACAGAACUUAUCCACACUCAGUACUCCUGAUCAAUCAAACGAUUUAGCAACUUUUACACAACCACUGCCGACAAAAGUCGCUACUGAAAGAUUAAAUGAUUCAAAUAACGUUACAUCAAAUAAUCAAUCCUUAAAUAAAAAUGUCUCUUCUCCACCGAAAUCUGUUAAGAAUAAAAAAUCAAUGCCACCAAAUGUGAAUUCACCAUCAUUAAAUCAAGAAAACAAUCUUACUAUCGGUAAAAACAUAACAGUAUCAAGUAGAAAGAAAAUAAAUGUUACAAAUCCGGAAGAUCCACAGAACUUAUCCACACUCAGUACUCCUGAUCAAUCAAACGAUUUAGCAACUUUUACAACACAACCACUGCCGAGCAAAGAGAGGAGUCGCUACUGA